AUGACUUCAUUCCUCUCCCGCCUCUUCCGUCCUCUAUCCACAACCUCCGCACCCGCCUACACCGUCACUCCACGUAAAGACAUCAUCAUGCCCGACAACGCGCAAAAAGCUACAGUCGCUGCAGGCUGUUUCUGGGGCGUUGAGCAUUUAUAUCGCAAGCACUUCGGAGAUGGUAAAGGGUUGAUAGAUGCAAAGGUUGGGUAUGCGGGCGGUCAUGCUGAUUCGCCGACCUAUCGAGCUGUUUGUAGUGGGAAUACUGGCCACGCUGAAGCAUUACAAGUAACCUUCGACCCGUCGAUUGUCACCUACCGUCAACUCCUCGAAUUCUUCUAUCGCAUGCACGACCCCACGACGCAGGACAGGCAAGGUCCAGACGUAGGAACCCAAUACCGCAGCGCAAUCUUUACGCAUGACGAGGAACAAUCCAAGAUCGCCAAAGAAAUCACAGAUAAAGUGUCCAAGGAAUGGUUCAAGCAACCGGUUACCACGCAGAUUGUGCCGGCGGGCCAGUGGUGGGACGCGGAGGAGUAUCAUCAGCUUUAUUUGCAUAAUAAUCCGAGUGGUUAUGAGUGUCCUUCUCAUUUCUUGAGAAAUUUCCCGCCUCUGUCGGAUUGA